ACUGGUGGUGAUUGGAGAUCGCCUGMCCUGUUCCCGUCGUGGAUGCUCGAGCCUCCUCCUUCUCAGCCAUGUCGUACAGUGCAGCGGUGGGGGAUGCCAACCAGCUCGCCCAGCGCAUCACGUCCAACAUCCAGAAGAUCACCCAGUGCUCUGCCGAAAUACAAAGAAUUCUCCAUCAGCUUGGGACACCACAAGACACGCCUGAGCUGAGACAGCAGCUGCAACAGAAGCAGCAGUAUACGAAUCAACUGGCCAAAGAGACUGACAAAUAUAUUAAAGAGUUUGGAUCUUUGCCCGCUACAACUGAACAGCGUCAAAGAAAAAUACAGAAAGAUCGGCUUGUGGGAGAGUUCACUACAGCAUUAACAAAUUUCCAAAGACUCCAAAGGCAAGCUGCUGAGAAAGAAAAAGACUUUGUAGCCAGAGUCAGAGCCAGCUCCAGGGUAUCUGGUGGUGUUCCUGAAGACAGCUACAAAGAAGGAACACUUGUCUCUUGGGACAGUCAACCUCAAGCACAAGUGCAAGAUGAGGAGAUUACAGAAGAUGACCUGCGCCUCAUCGAGGAGAGAGAAUCUUCCAUUAGGCAGCUUGAGGCAGAUAUUAUGGAUAUCAAUGAAAUUUUCAAAGAUUUAGGAAUGAUGAUUCAUGAACAAGGUGAUGUGAUAGACAGCAUAGAAGCCAAUGUGGAAAAUGCAGAUGUGCAUGUYCAACAGGCAAACCAGCAGCUGGCAAGAGCAGCUAACUACCAGCAAAAGUCACGAAAGAAAAUGUGCAUCCUCAUUUUUAUACUUGCUAUUGGAGCGUUGAUUAUUGGAGUUAUCAUAUGGCUGCUCACAAGAUAAGUCUCCGGAGAAAGCAUUGUGAUUGGUAUUUAAAUUAUGAGAGGAAAUUUCUACAGUCACUAUUUUCUCAUUGUGGAGCUGAGUAAAAUAAUGGUUCUGUACUUCAUCACAUUUGCUUUUUUUUAAUGAGACUUUGUUUUGACCUGAGAAGUAGCAUUCUCAGUGCUCCAGUUGGUAUAACUGCCUGCCUUCUUGGAUGUGAGUGCUUCUUAUCAGUAAAAUCAGUCAACAUCAUAAACUGCUCUGUUUAAACCAUGAGAGAGUUUUAUAUUUAGGGGGCUAAUCAAAAAUGCUGAUAACUUGUUUUGAAAAUGGGGCAGUUGUCUUUGGGGGUGUUGCUAAAUAUUGCUGCCAAAACAAACUCCUGAAUUGUUGCUUGGGGCAACAAAUUCAUAUCUUGGACUUCAUUUUUAAGCUAGUAAUGUCUUUCUAUCUUGUUUCCUUCUGGCCCACCCCCCUGCCCGUUUGUUAUGGGUGGCUCACAAAUAAAAUGUAGGUUGCUGAAGUUGGUGUGAUUUCUCUCUUUUGAAACUGAAGCUUUCCGAGUAGGCCUUCAGUUCACCUAAAACUUCUCAGACGCUUCAUCUGUCUCUUUACGUGGCGUUAAGUGUCACUAUGCCUGGAAGCCUCCUGCAAAGGUAGGUAGGGCUGGGUGGUGUAACUUGUGAGCGUGGAUUUCCUCUUUUAGUUCUUGCWUUGGAGAAAUAAUGUGUUUAAUAUGUGUACACACCUGAUACCUUCACAUAUGACGCAUGCAUCAAGGAGAUUGGCUAGAUGAAAAUACUUUCUAGUCUGUGAAUUGUCUGAUUUACUGGGAAGAAUAGAAAUUCCCGACUUCCUAACUACACUUGGAUGUCACUGUUCUGAAACGACCUUGUUUCAGAUUCUGUGAGCAGGUCUGAAGUUGUAUGUAAGGUGUUUCUAUACACCUGGGAAAAAGAAGAUUAUGAGGUAAAUUCCAAGUUCAACAGGGUAUAUGAAAAUAAAUUCAUAAUUGGUUGAACUGAUUUAAACUGCUUAAGAAGUUUGAUAAUGCUUAUAGACUUUAAAAUGACCUUUUUCCUUUUUGUGCCAUUUUUUUACUAAUAUAUUAGAAAUGUAACUGAACACUUCUUUUGCCAAUUAAUCUAUUUGCCUUUUUAAUUAAUGUCAGUGCACUAAUCUGAAGAGUGUACAGGCAAAAAGGCACUUAAUCUGUAUUUUAUAAAGUUCUUGUACACUAGGUUGAUAGAGAAUGCACUGUCUGUGGUGAGCUAUGAAUUUUUAUUUGGGAACAAUUUAACUGUAAGCAUAA